AUGGAGGUGUGCUCGAACUUCGGCUCCAUGCCUGACAUGCAGAAGGAAUCCGAUGCAGUGCUCAUGAGGGCCACUGCACAAGAGUUGAAGACGCUGAUUCCUAACCCGGCGAAGGGCGCGAUGGCAGUCGACAUCAUUCGCUGGGCCAUGAGUCAGGUCGUCUCCAACGACGCUAGACAGAGGAAGAGGUGGUCCAAGUACAAGAACUACUGGGCUCCUAAUGACCGCCGUGCCGCAGUGUACUGGGAGACGACAAUCGUGCCGCCGGCGGUCAUCGGUGGGGAGCCUAAGGAGGAGGAAGAACCGGUGCAGAUGCCAGUGAGGGCGCCGGAGCCAGGCCGUCGUACCUGGCAGAUUGACCUCGACUCUGCCGAGGACGAUGACGACCCGCCGCCCCGCAUGACGAUGGACAAGAAGAUGAAGGCCAGCCACUCGACCCGCCGCUCCGCAUGCCUCAACGGCCGCCGCGGUUAG